CUGAGUUUGUGAAGGAGUAGGGAGGCGGACGCGUCACGCGAGACGAGGAGAGGAUUUCGUGUGAUCGGGGCCUUCUUGUGACUGCAUUGUUUGCGAGCUACACCGUUCCUCUCCACUGAUAACUGGUGGUGCGUCUGUUUCUUCUUGUCGGCAGCGGACCCGGCGCGGCGGUGAGCGAUGGCCAACAGGUCCGGCGGGGCUCAGCGGCCCAACGGCGGCCAGCAGGGCAAGAUCUGCCAGUUCAAGCUGGUGCUGCUCGGCGAGUCUGCCGUCGGCAAGUCCAGCCUGGUGCUGCGCUUCGUCAAGGGCCAGUUCCACGAGUUCCAGGAGAGCACCAUUGGCGCGGCGUUCCUGACGCAGACGGUGUGUCUGGAUGAGACGACGGUCAAGUUCGAAAUCUGGGAUACGGCUGGUCAGGAGCGGUACCACAGCCUGGCGCCUAUGUAUUACCGCGGCGCCCAAGCCGCCAUCGUCGUGUACGACAUACAGAGUCAGGACACAUUUGCGCGCGCUAAGACGUGGGUCAAGGAGCUGCAGCGCCAGGCGUCGCCCAACAUUGUGAUCGCGCUGGCCGGCAACAAGGCCGACCUGGCCAACAAGCGCAUGGUGGAGUACGAGGAGGCGCAGACUUACGCCGAAGACAACGGCCUGCUCUUCAUGGAGACGUCCGCCAAGACGGCCAUGAAUGUCAACGAGAUCUUCCUGGCCAUCGCCAAGAAGCUGCCGAAGAGCGAGCCGGGCGGCGCGGCGUCCGGCGCCGGAGGCGGCCGCACCCUGAGUGACGGCGACUCGGACCCGCGCGGCUCCGGCGGCUGCUGCAACAAGUGAUGGCCCGGCCCGGCUCGGCCGGCGGCCGCCCGGCAAUACUGUUCAUAGUCUCUUACCUGAAGCAAGCCCUGCUCGCGCGACACCGGGCUGCCGUCCGCUCGACGGAGCGACAUUCCUGUGACCCGGCAGCCGGGUCAGGUCAGGUCAGGUCAGGACUCCGCGCGGCUGACCAAUCACGGACUGGCAAAAACACAACACCUAGCGGAACCAUCAGCGUCUUUGCAUGUGAUACGUGUGUAAUUUUGUAUGAGGGGCGGGGAGGCCGGUGCCCCGGUCGAUUUUAUGGGCGGCCGGGCGGGGUGACGGCCGUGCCGCGGCGGUCGGCCUCUCGUGUGCUAGGCUCGUGUUUUAUUUUGUUAAGCAUCUAUCAGUUUUGUUAAGUUGAAUGUAAAAAUGGUAUCUGAUUGUAUUUGUAUUUUACGGCGCUGGGGCUGGCGUCCGCUUCGAUCAUGUUUGCCGGCCGCCCGUGAUUGGCGCUCCUGCUGUGACGUCACACGGCCCGGCGGGUCGCGCAUCGCUUCUGCCCCGGGGCGCCGCGCCGCCUGAGACACUGCGAGCUGUGUCUGCCUGGCGGCGCGGACCCGCCUCCGGCCGCCAGGGGCGCCACCGUCGUCUACCGCCCUCCUGUAAACAGCACUCGCUAUCGCGCUGCUACUCUAUUGUAAUGUACAUAGCAACAAAAUAUACAUAUUAUUCAUU